AUGAUGAAGAGGCAGUUUAAUCGGAUGCGGCAGCAGCUGUCCCAUCCAAACAUCACCACCCGAGCCCAAGAAGCAACCGAGCUCCUGCCGGAAGAUUUGCUGCAGAUCGAGCAGAGGGUCGAGCCGGCCAAGCGAGCGGCUCACAGCGUGUCCAAGAGGCUCCAAGCCUGCCUGCAGGGGCAAUGCGGCUCUGAGAUGGACAAGCGAGUGAAGAAGCUGCCCUUGAUGGCUCUAUCCACGACGAUGGCCGAGAGCUUCAAGGAACUGGACACAGAGUCCAGCCUCGGGAAAGCCCUGGAGAUGGGCUGCUGCAUACAGAGCUCGCUGGCCAAAAUCCUGGCUGAGUACGAGAUCACCCUGGAGCAUGACGUCCUGCAGCCGCUCAACAAGCUCAGUGAGGAGGAGCUUCCCAUCAUCCUGAAGCGCAAGAAGACCCUCCAGAAGUUGAUCUCUGACUGGAACACCAUCAAGAGCCGGCUGAACCAAGCUGCCAAGAGCUCCAGUAACAGCUCUGGUGCUGGCGCUGGCCCCGGGGCAUCUUCUGCUGCCAACAAACUGGAGAUCUUGAAGGAAGAGGAGGAGGAGGUGAAGAGGAAGGUGGAGCAGUGCAAGGAUGAGUAUAUGGCUGACCUCUACCACUUCUCCACCAAAGAGGACAGCUACGCCAGCUACUUCAUCAGACUGCUGGAAAUCCAAGCCCAGUACCACCGGCAGUCCCUGGCAUCACUGGACUCAGCUCUGGCGGAGCUGAAGGAAAGCCACAGCCAGACAGAGCCCUCCUUCACUGCAGACACCCCAGUGGUGGGGUACUACGGCGUGCCCCUAGAGACACACCUCAAGAGCUUGGGCCGGGAGAUCGCACUGCCCAUCGAAGCCUGUGUCAUGAUGCUGCUGGCCUCUGGCAUGAGGGAGGAG